AUGGAUUCAUCGCCCGUAGCUGUAGAAGCAGCUAAAAUUUCCGACGACGACGAAAAACUGGAGGAGGAAGAUGGAGAAGUCAUCGAAUCAGCUCCUCCUCUCCAAAUCGGAGAAGAAAGAGUUCUCGGUGCCUCCGGCAUCAAGAAGAAGCUUCUCAAACUCGGUGAUGGCUACGAAACUCCUGAACACAGUGACGAAGCCACAGUUCAUUACGUUGGUACUUUGCUUGAUGAGAGAAUCUUCUAUUCAACAAGAGAUAAGAGUGAACCUGUGACUCUAACUCUAAAGGAUGAUGAAGUUAAGGCUCCUCGAGGCUUAGGAGAUUGUAUUAUGACAAUGAAGAGAGGAGAACUUGCAUUGUUCACUUUACCUGCUGAUCAAGGUUAUGGAGCUGAGGGAUGUGAUGAUAAUGUGCCUCCAAAUUCUGUUAUUCAGUUUGAAAUCGAACUUUUCUCGUGGAUUUCUGUUGUUGAUGUUCGUAGAGAUGGAGGUAUUGUCAAGAAAAUUGUAGAGAAAGGCAAUAAGAAUGCGACGCCUAGUGAUUUGGAUGAAGUUCUUGUGAAAUACCAAGUUGAGCUUCUUGAUGAUACCGUUGUGGCCAAAUCACCAGAUGAAGGCAUUGAGUUUUGUGUGAAUGAUGGUCAUCUAUGUCCAGCAUUGCCACUAGCAAUUGUAACCAUGCGUCCUGGAGAAAAGGCCAAAUUGACUGUCCAGCCUCAAUAUGGGUUUGGAGAAGAAGGAAGAAGUUCACGUGGGAAUAUCAAUGCUGUUCCACCAAAAUCUGUGCUAAAUAUUGAUGUAGUGCUGGUGUCCUAUAAACCUGUCAUUGAUGUCGUGGGCGAUUCAAAGGUUCUUAAGAAAAUUCUGAGAGAUGGCGAAGGCACAAGUGUUGCAGACGAUGGUGCCACUGUCACUGUCAGUUAUGUUGCAAAGCUAGAGGAUGGAACUAUAUUCGAAAUGAAAGGAGUUAAGGACGGGGAGCCAUUGGUUUUUGUAACAGAUGAAGAGCAAGUGAUCUCUGGCUUAGACAAAGCUGCUGCAACAAUGAAGCGAGGGGAAAAGGCGGUAUUGACAAUAAGUCCUGAGUAUGGUUUUGGAAAUGUGGAAGUCCAGUGUGACCUCGCUAAAGUCCCACAAUGUUCAACUCUUAUAUAUGAAGUCGAAAUGUUAGACUUUGUCAAGGAGAAAACGCCAAGGGAGAUGAACAAUGAAGAGAAAAUAGAGGCUGCUAAUAGAAAGAAAGAAGAAGGUAAUCUGCUCUACAAAAAUCAAAAGUACCAGCGAGCAGUGAAGAAAUAUAAUAAGGCUGCAGAAUGUAUUGCGAAUGGCUUCUUUGAAGGUGAUGAAGAAAAGAUGGUCAAGGCUUUGAGAGUAUCUUGCUUCUUGAAUGGUGCAGCCUGUAGUCUAAAACUAAACAAUUUUCUGGAAACUGUCAAUCUAUGUUCGGAGGUGUUAGCUAUUGAGUUCCAGAAUGUGAAAGCUUUAUAUAGGCGAGCACAAUCCUAUAUUGAGUUGGGAGAUUUGAUUUCAGCAGAAAUGGAUAUAAAAAAGGCUUUAGAGGCUGAUCCUGAGAACCGGGAAGUGAAGUCUCUUCACAAGACGCUGAAACAGACUAAAGCUGAUAGCAACAAAAGAGACGCUAAGCUUUAUGCAAACAUGUUUGCACCAUCUAAAAAAUUAAAACUUAUGGAGACAGAGGAAGAGAAAAUGGCAACAAAUAUAGACACUACAGAGCAUUCUAGUGAACAGCUCAGUUUAAAAAUGCCACAGACAGAUAGGUAA